GAUAAACGUUUUCUUCGAUAGGAUUUUAGUAUAAAAGCCUGCUCGAACAUUCAGUAAGUAUCACAUUGUAUUAUUUGAUCUAUACAAUGAGGUACUUAUUUGUCCUGUUAGCUCUUGUGGCUUUUGCAGCCUGUGACAGCAGCAAACAACGUGCUGCUGACCAGGAGCUCCUAAAAAAACAACAAGAUUGCAUCCAACUCCUGCAAAAGAUCACACAAGACAUACCAAACCCACAGCUUCAGAACCUUGGCGAAACAUAUGAGAUUGAAAGCAAUGCUCAUUAUUACGACAAUCCCAUCAUAGUGAAAUACUAUGCUGGUGUUGUAAGAGCUGGCCUGGUUCAACCUAAGGGUACCGUGUACAGCAACUCCAUCAGCCAACUGCGCAAAGAAGUUGCCCUCCUGUACAGGAUCUUGUUAGGUGCCAAGGACUACCCUACCUUCCUGAAGACUGCUGCGUGGGCUCGUGUUCGUGUCAACGAAGGACAAUUCGUCAAGGCUGUUGCUGCUGCUGUCCUGACCCGUAAAGACACACAGGGUGUUAUCCUUCCUCCAACUUACGAAAUCUUGCCCCAAUACCACUUGGACGCUAGAAUUAUCCAGGAUGCUCAAGACGUUGGCUAUCAACAAGCAAUUCAACAGAACAUCCAAAACAUCCUGAUCCCAGUCAACUGCUCUGCAACUUUGUCCCACGAUGAACAACAGCUUUCUUACUUCACCCAGGAUGUUGGUCUUGCUUCAUACUACAACUAUGUCAACCUUGCUUCCUACAUUUUGGAUAGUGAAGAACAACAACAACAGCAACAACAACAACAGCAACAACAGCCCUUGGGUCAAGAACAGUACCAACAACAGAUUGUAGGAAAAUACUUACAACAAGGAGCACAGGACCAACAAAACACCAUCGGCCAUGGAGCCCAAUUCUUGUAUCUCCACCAACAACUCUUGGCACAUUACGAACUUAACCGUCUCUCCAACGGACUUGGCCCCAUCCCAUACACUGACUGGACCAAUGUAAAAGCUCUCUACCAACCUCAUCUCCGCAACCUCAACGGACUUGAAUUCCCAGGCCGCCCAGACAAUCUUCAACUCAAACCACAAAAGUACAAUCUGAUCAAGUCUGUCAUGACUUUGGAACAAAGAUUGAUGGAAGCCAUCGACUCUGGCCAUGUUAUCACCCCACAAGGCAUCUUCCUUUCUCUUUACCAACCCCAGGGUAUGAACAUCCUUGGUGACCUGAUCGAAGGUUGCGGCAGAAGCGUCAACCCAAGGUACUACGGAAGUUUCCAAGCUGUAGCUCGCAAACUUCUUGGCAAUGCCCCUGAAGUCGAAAACGUAUGGGACUACACUCCAUCUGCUCUUGAACUUGGACAAACCGCUGUUCACGACCCAGCCUUCUACCAACUGUACAAGAAAGUUAUGAGACUCUACAAACAAUACCAACAAUCUCUGCCUCCUUACCAAUCCAACGACCUUAUCCUCCCCGGUGUUACCAUCCAGAACGUUGAUGUUAGCCAACUGAUCACCCUCUUCACCAACUACUUCAUCGACCUCGACGCCGUUACCGUUCAACGACCUGACCAAACCAUGCAACAACAACAAGAAAAUGUACAACAACACGUCAAGGCACACCUCAAGAGGUUGGACCAUCAUCCCUUCCAAUACCAAGUCAUCGUUCACAGCGAACAACAAAUCCCCAACGCAGUUGUCCGUGUCUACCUUGGACCGAAACACGACUACAAGGGUCGCCCAAUCAGCAUCUCCCAGAAAAGGCAUCUCUUCGUCGAACUCGACCAAUUCUACCACAACCUCCACCCCGGCCAGAACAUCAUCAUUAGGAACUCUCAACAAGCUCCAGGACAGAGCGCCGACUGGCCAUCAGUAUCCCAGAUCCAACAAGGUGUCAACGAUGCUAUCCGCUCUCAAGAGCCAUUCUACGUUACUCAGCCACACCAGAUCUUCAGCUUCCCUGCUAGGUUGAGUCUCCCCAAGGGACAACAACAAGGUUUCCCUAUGCAAUUCGUCGUUGUGAUCACCAGCUCCGGCCCACUUAACGUUCCGUUCGGUCCAGUCAUCCCAGACCAAGCUCUGACCUUCCAAGAACAACAAUUCCAGAUCGUCAACCCUGAACAAUACCAACAACUGAAACAACAGAGCCUCUCUCAAGUGACCGGUGGAAUCCAACAGAACGUGGAAGUCUUCAACGAAAACUUGGUCAACGCUCAACAACAAAUUGAAGCCGUAAGGACCCACUACGCUAAUGUCUACACCAAAUACCACGGACAGUAUCCCUACACCCAGAUCCAGAACCCAGUCGGCGAAGGACAAGACAUGACCUGGAUCAAGAAUGUUGCCGGAGUAAGUGGCGGCGCAGCAGCAUCCACUCAAGGAUUAGGAUUAUCUGGACAGUUAGUCUCUGGACAGAUCCAACCGCAAAUGCAACAACAAUACCUGGGUCAAACCCAAGGCCACUUCAGACAACAACGCAUGACCUGGGGAUCCGGUUUCUCAACUGGUGCCCAAGGUUUACAAGGUGCACAACAGGUUGGACAAGGUCCCGAAGUAGUCGUAGGUGCUCUGCCAAACGUACCAAUUGGUCAACAUAGCGAAGCAGGUCAACACAGCGUACAAGGUCAUCAUAACCAACAAGGAGAUCAACAAAGCGUAACAGGUGGUUCACAUAGAGUACGAGGUGGUCAAGGUGUCCAAUAUGGUGUACCUCUCCAAGGUGGUCAAGGAAUCCAAGGCAUGAAUGUUGGUCUCCAAGGAGUAUCAGGAUUGUCUGGUGCUGGAGUCCAAGGAGUCCAGGCUGUGAAAAUCGCAUACGGUAUGGAAGGAGCCCAAGGAAUCGGCGGUGUUCAAUCCUGGGCAUCUCAAGUACAAGGUGGAAUCCAAGGAACUGGAAUCGUCGCUAGCGGACAACAACACGCCGGUGGUUUCCAGGGUGUCUACGCUCAACCGCAAACCGUUCAGGACCAAACUGUCACCGAAUACUUCCAGAACAAACCAAUCUCCGAAAUAAUCGGUGGUGCCAUCUCUCUUGACGGCAAACCCCUUGGUUUCCCGUUGGACAGACCUCUGACCGCCGGUGCUCUCAGCGUUCCCAACAUCUUCGUCAAGGACGUUCUCGUCUACCACGCUGGACAACCCACCAACGACAUCACUCAGUAAAUCCAGUUCCUAUUGGCGAAGCGCGCGGCAUCGCAAGAAGCCGUACGCAUUUACGACGGACUUAGUGCGCAAAAUGAUGUAACAUUAAUGUAACAAAAAAAAAAAAAAA